CGAAUCCCCACACGUGCCUCUCUUCUACAUUCUCACCUAUAUAUAAACAACUUCCUACCUCCAUUUUCCUUCAAACUCCUCAUUCCAUUCUCUCUCUCUCUCUUCUCUCAACAAAAUCUUUACAACUUUUUAUACACUCUCAGAGCUGUGAUCCGAAUCAAAUUGAAUUAAACUUGAAAAAAUGGCGGCACUAUCAACACUUCCACAGCUCAGCAUGGACUCCGGCUAUGGAGUAGACAAGCUCACUUACGAGAUCUUCUCAAUUUUGGAGAACAAGUUCCUCUUCGGCUAUGGUGAUCCAAAUACAAAGGUUUCGAAUCCAGAGAAAUUGAAUAGUAACCUUAUCUCAUCAACCAAUCGCAGUGCUGGUCGCGGCAGUAAUGGUAAAGUCAGAAUCCUCAGCAUAGAUGGAGGUGGCACUACUGACGGAAUCCUCGCCGCCGAUUCUCUUUCCCGCCUCGAGGCUUCUCUCCGCCUAAAGUCUGGAAAUCCCAAUGCUGCCAUAGCUGACUAUUUCGACGUUGUGGCUGGCUCUGGAGCUGGAGGUAUUCUGGCAGCGAUGCUUUUCACUCGCGGAAGAGACGGAGGUCCACUCUUCACGGCCGAGGAGGCUCUGAAGUUUCUAGUAAAGAAUCGCCGAAAGAUUUUUCGGUCUUCUCCAGCCGGAUUCUUUCGGCGAGUCCUGAGGUCGUCGUCGACGGCGGACAAGCUCUUCGGGAAGGUUUUCGGAGAUUCUACGCUUCGAGACACGUUAAAGUCAGUUUUGAUCCCUUGCUACGAUCUCUCGACCGGCGCGCCGUUCUUGUUCUCCCGCGCCGAUGCAUUUGAAAUGGACGGUUACGAUUUCAAGAUGAGGGAUGUCUGCACCGCCACGUCAGCCGAUCCUACGGCGGCUGGCGCGUUCGAGAUGAGGUCAGUGGAUCAGCGAACGAAGAUCCUGGCCGUCGAUGGGGGGAUCGCGAUGAACAAUCCAACGUCUGCGGCGAUUACGCACGUGUUGAAUAACAAGCAGGAGUUUCCUCUCUGUAACGGAGUAGAGGAUCUUCUCGUUGUCUCUCUCGGAAAUGGGGAGUCAGAAUUCGGUGCGGGCAAUGUAACUUCCUCUCCUACACCCGCAAGACUCCUUAGAAUCGCCGCUGAAGGAGCUUCCGACAUGGUAGACCAAGCAGUUUCGAUGGCGUUUGGAGAAUAUCGCACCACUAACUAUAUUCGAAUUCAGGGCAACGGCAUUAUAUCGAAUAAUAAUGAUAACAAUUUAUCAGAAAAGGCGAAAAUGAUGAAUAAGAAGAAGAAUAAUAUAGACAUGUUGAGAGAAACAGAAAAUAUGUUGACCCAAAAUAAUGUGGAGUCCGUACUAUUUCAAGGAAAGAGGAUUGUUGGGAGCUCAAAUGUAGAGAAGAUUGGUGUAUUUGCAAGUGAACUUGUUGAGGAACAAGAGAGAAGAAAAACUAGUAUUUUACCAAUGGUGGCUUUGAAGCAAAUGUCACCAUCCCCUAGAUCAUCAUCUGCCACAACUCUCUCCAGUUUAUCUUCCACCUAAAAAUUAACUAAAAACUAAAAAAAAAAUUAAAGUGGAAGAUAAAAUUUAAGUAUAUGGUUUAGGUUCUUUAUUUUGGGCUUUUCAUAUUAUUAUAUAUGUAGUUUGUGAAGAAAAACAAAAUCAAUAGUUACUUAAAACUUGUCAUUAAAUUGACUCAAUAGGAUGGGUUUAAUUAGUUAAACUUAAUUAAUACGCUGCCGCUUGGAUUAAUGAUAAAUACACAUAUAUAUAUAUAUAUAUUAUAUAUAUCCGAGUCUGAGCUGCCGAGUUCAUUUGUCCUUUUAAAAGAAUAUAUUAUUUCUAUUUAAUUUUAGAUGAGUGUAAUAUAUUAGUGUAUGUAUGAUUGUAUGUAAUUUUGUGUAAAUUGUGAGAAAAAAUUUGGAAUAUUGUUGCAAAGUUCAAAUUAAAGUUUUCACCUA